AUGAUUCAUUCAACUACGAAAUCAGCAAAAGAGAAAGAAAACGACCGUGGCAUCAGUUCGCACAUCCUCACCCUCCAUCGCCGUCUUCUCCACGCCCUAAACCUCGGAACUAGACAUUUUGACGAGAAGACGAAUAGAUGGAAGUGGCAGUGUGUUAACAUUGAAGUGCAGAAAAAUGUAUUACGAUCGAUUACUGCGUUUCUUGAUUCUAUAGCAGGUGAUGCACGUGCCAUGCGGCAUACCAUUGUUAAGGAAUCUGCUGCUGAUAUUUUGGGAGCAUUGUUAUGGAUUCUUCAAUGCAAAAAUGAGCCCUUGUUAAGCAUGGCAUCAAAUGUGGCUGUGAAGUUAGUUAGUGUUUUACCGAGUCAACAGUUGCAAUUGCGAUUGUUGGAUCUUGUCUAUUGUCUAUCAUCCUUGCUAUCUUCGCAUCAAGUAGAAGUUGCAAUACCCUCUGCUACUGCUUUGAAUUUGGUAAUCUCAAAUCUGAGUGCUACGAGUGAGAAGGCUGUUAUUGAAGCACUGAAAGAAACCGAGAUUUCCAUUUGCAUUGUUCAAAAUAUAAAAGACUGUGGUGCGAAGAAAAUUGAAUAUUUUGUGGAGAUGGCUUCACUUUUGAGCACAGUACUGUUGAGGUGGUCUUCAUCUAGGUUCCCUGUUUGUAAUGAUGUUGAACUUAUGAAAGUUUUAGCAAACUUGCAUACAAAGACAGAUAGUUCCAUUAAACUUGUUCUUCUAAAGCUGUACACAUCUUUAGCUUUAUGUGAUUCUGUAGUGCAAAAACUCAUAGAUGGUGGAAAAGUAUUUUUACAAAUGAUUGUGCAGGCGAUGGGAAAAUCAAACCCUCAUGAUGUUCGGAUAGAGGGUUUUCGGCUUGCUCAAUGUCUAUUGAGAUCCCAAGAAAAUUGUUUAAAAGUGAUGGAUUUGUGUGGUGAAGCUCUUGUUGAUGCCAUAAUUUCUGGAAUGAGAGAAACAGGACCGAGUUCCAAAAAACUUGAGAGCAACUAUGGUUCUGUAUUAGUAGAAGCAUGUAAGCUGGCUCUAGUUACUCGUUGGGCUGGCGAUCAUCAUAUCAGGUUUUGGAAACAAGGAAUUGAUAGAGUCCUCCUUAGUCUUCUGAUUGAAAAUAUUCAUGACCAAUCAACUGAACUUGCCUUGUCAUUGGAAAAACAAAUAUCCAUGGUGAAAGAGGGACUGAAAGUCAAUUAUCAUGUUGGUCUGAGGAGUUAUGUGUGGGACAUUCUUGGGUGGCUUACAAUUCAUUGUGGAGAAAACUCAAACCCUUACAGUUAUACCCAUGAGAGUGAACUCCACAUCAACUUACUAAUUAUGUGUGCUUGCUUCACUUUUGUGGAAGCAAUUGAAAAAUGGUGCCGGAUAUGUCAAAAUGAUGUCGAUGAUAAUUUUCAAAGUGAACCAGUAUCAAGGGCUGUUCUGAUGAUGAUAUAUUCUCCUUGUAAUUAUAUUUCUUCACAUGCUAGAUUUGUAUUAUCUGAUAUACUAAAGGUCAAAGGCAAUCCAUGCUUGAAAAACUCACUACAUACCCUCGAUUAUAUAGCAUCCCUAAAAAGCUAUAGUUCAUUUGAUAAACUUCAACUUGUUAUUAACUUAAUUGGGAUGACUUGUCUUUCAAGUUUACCACAGUAUCAAAGAUGUAUCAUAGAAAGCAGAGGGAUAAAGGCUGUUGUUGUUCUUGUGCAACGAUGUGUAAGUAAUGAUAUUCAUGUGGAAAGGCCUGAAGUUGCUCCUCAUUUGCAUACUGUAUUCCAUAAAAGGUCUUGUUGCUGGAUUGGUAAAGGAGGCUGGGAAGGUUCCAAUAUCCUCUUAUUUUAUGGUCUAUGGGGCUUAGCUGAAUUUCUUCAUCAGUGUUGCCUUUUACCAGACAAUCCUCAGCAAUUUACUAAAGAGGUGACAAACAUUAACACUGAGUUAGUUAACAAACUUCAUGAGAUCUGUAGUAGCACCUCUUUCAGUCCUGGAGUGAAAUGGUAUGUUUCUUAUAUUCUUAGUUAUUUUGGAUUAUAUGGUUUCCCAAAUGAAUUUUCCAAAAGGAUUGGGAAAUCUCUUAAGAAGGAAGAAUAUGCAGAUUUGCGAUUCAUUGUAGUGAAUGGGGAUUCUGUGAGUGUUCAUGGUGUUAUUCUUGCUGUUCGAUGUCCAUCACUUCUACCUUCUGAAGUGUUAUCUAGUAGUAAGAGUUCUAAAGAGAUAACAGAUCAUUUUGUUGGAGAGACCGUGAGAGAAGUUCGUUAUUCUUCUCAUGUUGAUUAUGAAGCAUUGUUGUUAUUGUUGGAAUAUGUGUAUUUGGGACACUUGCAUGCAGCAGAAGAAGAAACUGUAAAGAAGCUCAAAAUUCUUGCUAAGCGUUGCAAUCUACAACCUCUCUUGCAACUGCUUUGUAGACAAUCUCCAAAGUGGGGCACACCUUUCCCCAGCUUUAGUCUUACUUCAUCUCUUGAUUCAGCUGGAAGUUAUUUUUUUGAUGUCAUAAUGGAAGCUAAAUCGAAUGGGUUUGUUGGAUGGACAUGUAAUAUAUGUUCUCACCCAGUACCACAUUUGCAUGCUCACAAAGUUAUAUUGCAGUCUGGCUGUGACUAUUUACAAGGUUUAUUCAGAUCAGGAAUGCAAGAGAGUCAUUCACAAGUCAUAAAGGUUGAUAUUAGUUGGGAAGCAUUGGUUAAACUAGUACAUUGGUUUUACUCUGAUGAGCUGCCGGAUCCCCCUUCUGGUUGUUUGUGGGUUAACAUGGAUGAUCAAGAAAAGCUAUUCCAUUUGCAGCAAUAUGUGGAGCUUUGUUGGCUUGGUGAGUUCUGGAUUUUGGAAAGUAUUCAGGAAGCCUGCUGGAAUUCGAUUAUGUCUUGUCUUGGUUCUUCUAAGCAGCUGUCCAUUAAAAUAAUUAAAAUGGCUUAUAAGCUCUCUUUGUGGAAGUUGGUUGACAUUGCCGCAAAUCUCAUGGCUCCUUCAUAUAGGCAAUUACGGGAUUCCGGUGAACUUGAAGAAUUUGAUGAGGCACUAGUUCACUUCAUUUAUUCUGCUUCUAUUGAACUUAACCAUGAAGGUGAAAAACGCUUUAGGUGA